GUUUUACUAACCCUUGGAAGCCAAGCCCAUCCUGGAGUAUUGAAAUGCAGGGUUACUUAUCUCCCUUAGUGAUAUAGCUGGGCUGCUUGACAAGGAUUGAGAUAGUCAAGAGAAACUUUAUGUUAAGUCUUCUGCUAGUGAAACUCAGAGACGCACCUGCAGGCUUGAACAUUGUGGCCUGCUGUUUUUUUGAUCUUGAGAGGGAAUAAGAAGACAUCAGAUAUUAGACCACAGUCCGAACAAUUUGUUAGAAGAUGUAGAGCCUGAAUCGUCUCAAUGGAACCAGCUUCAUGUGAUAUUGAUUCUUUCCGUAACCUGCAUUUGGAAAUGUGGUGGAACUGAAAAGUGCAGAGACCAGCAAAUUACUUGUGGAGUUAUUUAUCAAAAAUGUCCCACACUGUGACUUUCACCUUUCAGGACCUUGAGAAUGGAGACCCUGCCAGCCAAGACCUAAGUCCAUAUGAUGAAGGGGCCGUGCAUGAUUCCUUCCACCAGCUAAUUAAGGAGCAGAGCAGUUUGGCUGAGCAAGAGUUGGUAGAGAUGCAAGAUCUGACUAAGAGGAGCAAAGAAAACCUGGUUCAUUCCUCAAAUCCGACUGGAACUUGGAACCCAAAUGCACAGCUGGUUGAGCACCCUGACUUCUCUUCCACCACACUGCGCAUCCUUGCGAAUAUGCCCAGCCGGACUAUUGGACGCAGCAGAGGAGCCAUCCUGUCCCAGUAUUGCAACCGCACUGCCAGACGACGGCGUCGGAGCAGCCGUGCUCCUCUCCAGGAAGUAUCCCGUUCUGCACGGCCUAGUUUUCGACAGAUAUCUCUAGAGUUGGAUUCCAGUUACAGAGAAGAAGACCCCAAGUAUAUUUUGCUGGUCAAAGAACUCCAGAACCUGCCAGUACAUCAACGCAAUCACAUGCUGCAGAUGAUGCCGCUAAGCUUGGCUGAGAAGCGCAGACUCAGACAGGAUUCAAGUGGGCAUUCAGGCACCUUGAGGAAACCCAAGCCAACGGGUCGCUUGUCUUACUGCAGCUGGAUUAAAUACCACAUCCUCAUAGGCUUCCGGAAUUUUUGGUACAAUCUGCUGUCCUUCGUUCCUAUUCUCCAGCCCUGGCAUUAUUCCCUCAAGGAGAUCAGUGGCCGCUUUGGCUCUAGCAUCCUCUCCUAUUUCCUAUUCCUCAGGACAUUGCUCUUCUUCAAUCUCUUUAUGUUCCUCAUCCUGCUGGUCUUUGUAGUUGUUGUGCAGGCUGCUUUCCCUUCUGCCAUACCCAACAGCGUGGCUUUCACAGGAUCGGAUCUCUUAACUGGAGCAGGCUACUUCAGUCACACUCUGAUGUAUUAUGGUUACUACAGUAAUUUCACACUGAAUGCCCCUGAUGCUUCUGAGGCUAAUAGCACCCAUUACAGGCAACACACGCACAGCCAGAUGUCCUACAAUAUGCCUUUGGCUUACCUCUUUGUUACUGGAAGCGCCUUCUUUGGAAUCUGCUUUCUCUUGAUCUACAGCGUGUCUCACUCCUUUGGGGAAAGUUACCGUGUAGGCAGUGCAUCAAGUAACCUGGCAGUCAAAGUCUUCUGUUCCUGGGAUUACAAAGUGACUCAGAAACGCUCAGUCCAACUCCAGAGUGAGAACAUUCGCACCCAUCUGAAGGAGUGUCUGGCUGAGCAGAGGCUGGAAUCCUGUUUAAGCUUUUCUAAGAAACUGCAGGAACUCGUAAUCUUGCUGGUGGCCUGGACUGUAUCCCUGAGCACUGUUGCAGGCACUGCCAUUGGUAUAUACUACUUUUCUGAAUACGUACACAAGGUUCUGCAUGAAGAGUUUUUGAAAAACAGCCAUGCUGGGAAAGAAUUGUUGCUCCUGGCCCUGCCUCUGGUUGUGUCUCUCAUUAACUUGCUUAUGCCAUAUUUGUACAACUUCCUGGCUGCGUGGGAGAAACAGGAAUCUCCAGUCCUGAAGGUGUACGUUGCCAUUAGCAGGAAUUUAAUUCUCAAAAUGGUCAUCUUGGGCCUGCUGUCCUACCGUUGGCUAAGUUGGAAAGUGACAUCUUCAGAGAUUCAGUGCUGGGAAACCUUUGUGGGGCAGGAGCUGUACCGUUUGAUGAUGAUGGAUUUGAUUUUCAUUCUCCUGGAUGUCAUCUUUGGAGAGCUGAUAUGGAGGAUCAUAUUGGAAAAGAAGUUGCAAAGUAAACAGAGGCCUGAAUUUGACAUUGCUAGAAAUGUGCUAGAUUUGAUUUAUGGACAAACCCUAACUUGGCUUGGCGUCUUCUUUGCCCCACUUCUUCCUGUGGUCCAAAUCCUCAAAUUGCUCCUGUUGUUCUAUGUUAAGAAGGUCAGCUUGAUGAGAAAUUGUCAAUGUCCCAGUAAACCCUGGCGUGCAUCUCACAUGAGCACCAUCUUCAUCUCUUUGCUAUGCUUCCCUUCAUUCCUGGGUGCCUCCAUAUUCCUCUCCUAUACUAUCUGGGCAAUAAAACCAUCAGAAAUGUGUGGACCUUUUCAAACUUUUGAUACCAUCUAUGAUUCUUGGAAGGUAUGGGUACUAAAACUGGAAGAAUCCAAUCCAAAUAUCACUUGGUUUACCUGGAUCCAUCAAAACCUCUUCCAAACUUCCUAUUUCCUGUUGCUAAUCAUUGCAAUGUUGAUUGCUGUGAUCUACUUCACCAUUGAGAUGAUAAAGGGUCUACGGAGUAUCAUUUCAAUACUAAAGAGCCAGAUUGCCAAUGAAAGAGAAGACAAGAAGUUUCUCAUUCAAAGACUUCAUAUUAUAUAUGAAAAAUGAAAGUACAACAGGGUGAAAAUGAGAUCCAUUUUCCCUUAGCAUCUUUACCAGUGAAUGUACCAAGUGAACCUUUCGCUGAAGGAUUUCUUAGGAAAAGGAAAAUAGAUAUGGGACUAUCCAGAAAAGGUUUGAUGAACAUGUUCAUGCUGCUAAAGACAUCUGACGUUGACUCCCUUCACUUCCUGUAUGUGAAUGUCAUCUACCUUUAGUUGAAGAAGUUAUAUUCUGUUUGCUGGCCAUUCCAGUUUGUCUUCAGCCAAAUGGUAACCUUACCUGAACCAGACUAAGAGCUUCCAGACUUCCUGAAGAUUUUUACAGACAAUUUUUAUAACAGAGAAGUCAGAUUUAUAUUUUAUAAUGAGCAAUGGUCUAAGUACUUUGUUUUGCCAGGAUUAUGAAAUCUGUGACCUCACAUGGAAAGUGUAGAGUUACUGGAAAGAAAUCUUUCUUACACAGGACAUCAUGGCUUAAUAUUAUUAAAAAUGACUGUCUUUAAAAA